AUGAAACCAGUCAUGCGCGCCAUAUUCAUCAACAAUGCUCUCCGCAGCCAGCGGAUUGCCAUUACUAGCAGCGUGCGGCCAUUUUCUACUACACGCCCGGCAGCCGGWCCCAAAAACAGAAUCUAUCCAGCACGAAUCCGCAAUGAAGACGAGCUAUCCACCCUCUUGCUAGCCUCAGCAAGCACUCGUGUACCUUUGGUGACGCUGUGGAUGACCACCUGGUCGCGGGAAUGUGAUGAAGUUUCGCCCAUCAUUCGCGAAUUGAUUGAAGCCGAUGGCGUGGGCGAGAAGGAGGGCAGUGUAUCCUUUGUUGAAGUGGAGUUUGACUCUCCUGAUCUGGGUGGUCCGACUGGCCUGGCCACACGUUAUUUGAUCAAUAAUGUUCCUACUUUGCUGGCUUUUGAUCGCCAGGAGCCGCAGCUGGAAACCAGAGUCACACGGGUGGACGAUUUGAGAAGUAAAGAAUUUCUGACCAAGUGGAUCGAGACUGAGGCUGCUCGUCGUGGAGAGGGAGGUGCUGGUGGUAGCAUUGGAGGACUGUUUAGAAGUAUAUUCGGUCGUUCUUAG